UGAAAAGGAAAAGUCAUCCAUGAAAACGUAGGAUAGAAACCCGAUUAUCGUUAUAACUGGAACUGAAAGUUCAAGCAGUAGAUUAGGAUAAAUGACCAUUCUUGCUGCUAAUAAUGGCAAGCAGUGGGUAGUGGGGGCCAGAGCCACAGAAAAAAGGGAGUAUAUUUACAAACCCACAACAAAAAAUCCACCAAUAGAACGAACUAUCCAAAUAGCUAACCAGGAAUCAAUCGAUGCUCAUGCCCAUCUCUUUGUUUUCUGAAUUUCUAGGAAACCCACCAAUUCUUUCUUUUCCUUUUGGUAUUUGGUUCUCUCUGCCACUAAACUUUCCUUUCUUCCCUCAUCAAAAACUCCCAAAUCAAAGUCCACUCUUAUCUCUUUCCAAUUCCAAUUACAGGGUUUUGGGUUUUCAUUUAUUCUCCCAGAAUCGAUGCCCUGCUUUCCGCUUUUGGCUUAACAUCAACAUGGUGAUGCUGAAUAGUUCCUUCGCUGCGUGGAUCAGCCGCUUGUUCGCUUGCAUGGGGGGUUGUUUUGGAUGCUGCACUAAGCCCACACCUAUUAUUGCUGUGGAUGAGCCAUCUAAGGGAUUAAGAAUUCAAGGACGAAUCGUUAAGAAACCUAGCAUAUCUGACGGUUUCUGGAGCACAAGCACGUGUGAUUUGGAUAAUAGCACCAUUCAAUCUCAACGAAGCAUCUCGUCUAUCAGUACAUCAAAUCUCACACUCAAUCCGAGCAAUGUUGGUGGCAGUACGAGCAACCCUUCUGAAUUUGUAAACCAUGGUCUCCUUCUCUGGAAUCAGAAUAGGCUGCAGUGGACUGGAAGUAGUAGCAAGACAACGGAUCAAACUCAACAAAGACGGAAGGCAAAAAUCAGUUGGCGUGCAACAUAUGAUAGUUUACUGGGUACAAGACAGCCUUUUCCCCAUCCAAUUCCUUUAUCCGAAAUGGUGAACUUUCUUGUGGAAGUAUGGGAGCAGGAGGGCCUCUAUGAUUGAAAAUGCCUCUUUUUUAAAAAAAAAAAGAAUUUUGGAUGCAUUUCUUGAAUCUUUAGGAAGCUUCUUUUCUCUUACCUUUAUGACUCAUCCUACAUUUUUCAGCUGUACAAAUGUAUAAACACCAUCAUGCACAUUUGGGUUUGGGACUGAGACAGAGCAGAAAUGGUAUAAAUAUUCACCAUUUUCAAAGUAUUCUCCUUUCUUUUAUUCAUUUUAUGAAUAAGAACUUCAAAAUCUGCAUCACCCUCUAAACAAAAAGGAAGCAUCGUCCUGUAUCAACUGAGAACAUUUGAGUUGUAUUGAUAUCUAUACAUUAUAUAUAGUACAACAAGUGAGGUGGGAAUCGAACUUGGUUGGAGAUAUA